UCCCAUCUCUAUUAGCAUUCGCAUAGAAAAUAACGUAAACAUUUGUUUAGCCGGAUCGAGAAUUAUCGUUAUGGAUAAGUUAAAUUCCACUCUAACUGCCGUAAAGAACCUACGAUCCAACGUAAGGCAGUGCUUUGAGCACUUGGCCGAUGGAACCGAUGGGGAGGGCGGCGAGGAGAGCCGGAAUAAAUUCGUACAUGACUUUCAGGAAAGAUUCGGAGCCAUCAACUCGCAAUUGCGUGAGGUAGAGCAGCUUAUCAAUGGGCUGCAGGUGCCCCCAACACCCUAUUCUCUCGGAAACACUGCCUAUCUGGCGCAGGAGACUUCUCAGGAUCGACAGGCGCUGUACCCUCAAUUAGUAAACAGCUACAAGUGGAUAGACAAGGUGCACGACCACAGCUUCCUAGCCUUCAACAAUCUCAACCAGAACACGCUGAGGCGCUCCUAUAAUUACUGCUCCCAGAAGCGCCAGCGACUGCCCUUCUCGUCCUUCAACAACGAUCCAGACCAUAUAGAUAAGCUCCUGAGUGAGAUCAACACUCCACCGCAUACGUCGUACAGGAUUUACCGUCCCUUUGGCACAAACGCUGUCGCCAUCGUGACAAUAAGCAACGUGAUGAAGGCGGCUAUUGUCUUCAAAGGAGUGCUCAUAGAGUGGGUUACGGUUAAGGGAUUUGAUGAGCCACUGGAGCAUGACGACCUUUGGGCCGAGUCACGUUACGAGGUGUUCCGCAAAGUCCAGGAGCACGCUCACUCAGCCAUGCUGCACUUCUUCUCGCCAACGCUACCCGAUCUGGCAGUAAAAAGCUAUGUGACCUGGCUAAACAGUCAUAUAAAACUGUUCCUGGAACCAUGCAAGCGUUGUGGGAAAUUCGUAGUUCAUGGACUGCCUCCGACGUGGAGAGACUUGCGCACUCUCGAACCUUUUCACGAGGACUGCCGAAAUUGCUAAAGAUUUUAAAAUAUUUAACGCCGAUAGUUGUAACUUGUAUACUUCAUUUAUUUCAAAAACAAAAAAUUACAUGUACUUUGAAUGCA